AGUCAUAAUCUCAACUGUGACAUCAAUUUGUGGAUGCAAAAACUGGGAUGUCAAAAAAUGUCUGAGAUGUUCAGAUAGGUAAAUAAAACCUUGACAGGAUUAACUUGUUAGAAAGUUGUCAUGCAAAUGACACUUUUAACAGAGAAUGAAGAAAAAUAUAGACAACAUUUUUGCAAAACAGAAAUUCAAAUUUUUCAUAAAACGUUAGCUGUUUAAGCAUGGAUGAUCCAGGUAGUCCCUCACGCUAACAAGGAUGCGCUGCUGGGGCUUCUAGUGGCAGAAUAAGCUCCAAAAGUGAAUUUGCAUAAUAAAAUGUAUUAUUGACAAAGAAUGUAACAGCAGAGACUGGAUUUAUGAAUCAGGCACUAAAGGGGAAGCUGGGACAGGGCUGAUCACAGACCUGCCUAGUCCCACUACUGGAAGCCCCCACUGGCAGGGUUCAUUUUAGUGGCAGUAUUUGCAAAGGAGAAGGACUGUGAUGUAUAGUGUCUUACACACACACACCUUCCAGCCUCCCGCAUUAGCUUGUCCCAGCUGCUGCGGCUUCUCACUCCUCCUCCGCAAAAGCUAAAGUGAAACACAGCUGUUCCUGUUCCACCGAAACAAGGUGACUAACAGGUGACCCGCAGUGCCCCGUGGUGCACACGCAUCAGCCGCGCCGCUGGGCACGGAGGCUGUAGCGGCUGCUUCCUGCUUUUGCGGAAGCUGAAGGGAUCGUACACUCCCUUUCGUAAUCCUUGCUCCGGCCUCGCCCUUCCCACUUGUGCUAGCAAGUAAAGCGCCCUGCUCCAUGGAGAUCCCCCCGUCCCACUACCCAGCUACGAGAGCAGCCGCCCUAGCUGUGAACUACAUCAACUACCAGCAUGGCAGCCCCAGUAAGAUCUUUAUGGUGCAGCAGGUGACCAAAGCCAGCAGGGAGGACAUUGCUGAUGUUGGGCAUAAAUACCACCUUAAAUUUUCACUGGAAGAUAUCCUCCACAAGGAAAAUGCCAUUAACUGCACUGCUGAAAUUCUUUAUCUUCUGAGCAACCAACGUACUGCGCCACAAGUGCAUUUUACAGUGGAAGGAGAAUUUGGGAAGAACACAGAUGAAGCAGAUAACAAAUUUUACAACAGAAUCAAGAGCCUUCAAGAACCGUUGGUUGCACAAAAUAUUCCAGACAAUUAUGGCAACAUGUCCCCAGAAAUGGAGCCCAUCAGCCAUCUAGCCCGGGUGGCCUGUGGUUAUAUAAUAUGGCAGAACUCCACUGAAAAUACAUUGUACAAUUUGGUUCAAAUCAGAGAUGUCAGGCAGGUGAAAAGAAACGAUGAUUACUUGGAAUUUGACUACACGGUCCUACUUCAUGAUAUUGUUUCACAGGAAAUUAUUCCUUGGCAAAUGGAAGUUCUUUGGCAUCCACAGCAUGGAGUUAAAGUAAUAAAGAACAGCUGUCAGCCAAAACAUGCAGAGCAGGACUAGAAGCAUAUCCAGUAUGGCAAUAAUAGAAUCUCAGAAGCUAUGGUGAUGGAGAAGUCAUAUAAGCAGACAGGCGUAUAGACAGACUAAGUGAUGAACAAUAUCCUCACUCACUCCGUGAAACCCUCUAUUCCUUCCAUGUGUAUUUUACUUCAUGCCCAAACAAAUCAAAAUAAAUGUUAUGUAUUUCUUUUCUGUAGUGUAAAUGUUGUGAUGAAGAUACAAUAAAAUGUCUCAGUGCUUGGCUAA